AUGGACACCGAAGGCGAACCUCCCUCGGUGGAUGCCACCGCUGACAGCACAUUUAAGACCAAGAGAGACAACGUAAUCAUUUCACUCGCACAAGCUCAUCGCUCGGCACGAAGCUCGAACGUGGUGUACCAGGAGCCGCUGGAAACGGAUCGGGGGGAGUACUACGAUGAAUGGAUGCAGAAGUGCGUCGCAUGGGUCGCAUACAACCAUGGAAUCAAGCGCCUGGACUGCUACUCGAUAGAGUUCCUCGCGAACUUCGUUGCCAACGAGAUACGGAGAAUCGGACGUAAAGCAGCUAUGCUCAGCCGCACCAGGGGAUGCGAUAGCAGCAACUUUCUCGACAUAGUCACCGCCAUCGAGUGCACGAACCCUUAUCUGUACAACAUGAUCUUCAACGAGAAGGUUGUGUCUACCGCAAAGCAGCUGCCCAAACAGGUCGUGGCGCUCUCUCACAGCAACUUCAUACAGCCGGCAGUACUCGCGCAGCCUAGCACGCUGUAUUUCGAGUGCAUGGUUAAUGCAUCAACGCACCUGUCCGAGGUCGCAACCCCGGGCGACUCCAUGGAGGGGGGCCCUGCGGGUGAUGAAAUUGUUUACAACAGCCUCUCUAAACCAAAUAACAGGUUGCUACCCAUAAACAGGGACGAUGCGGUCAUGGAUCUGGACUAUUUCAUAGCAAGCGCGACCCGAGAUACGUACUCCCUUAAGUCGGACGAAGCAUACCAAAAAAUCGUGGCGUCACGUCCUCGCUUCGCGCACAAGCACUUCCCUCUGCUACCGGCGGCUUUCAAGCUCGACGAUCCGGAGCCGAAUUCAUUGAUGUAUGCUGUAGAGUCCAAUGAAAACCCAAAUGAACGGUUGUUAAGGCGGAACGUGUUGCUCCAGAUGGAGCUGCCACAGCUGCACAGAGUGCAAAUUCAGCCAGCCUUGCAGGAGAUGCGCGACGAAGCCGCGGCAGCAAAGAAGAAGGACGCAAUGGCCAAGGCUGCUGCGAAUGCAUCAUCUUUAGAACCGAGAUCUACAUGA